AUGUUUCAGAAUCGGCUGACCCUCCAUCAGAUUGCCCAGAGGACCAUCAGCACUACUUCACAAAGGCAUUUUGAAAACAAAGUUCCAGAGAAACAAAAGCUGUUUCAGGAGGACAAUGGGGUCCCAGUGCAUCUGAAGGGCAGAGCAGCUGGUGCCCUCCUCUACAGACCCACGAUGGGUCUGAGAGUUGGUGGAACAGCGUAUGCCAUCUACAUGUUAGUUAUGGCUGCAUUCCCCAAGAAGCAGAACUGAUGUCAUCAUCCCAGUCUUCACAUGGUUCAGUUUCAUUCAGCACUCGAUGGACCAGGAAUCU